UUUUGGUGUAGCUGGUAGUAAUUUUGUCUUUAUUGGGAGAGGGUCCUGGGUUCGGUUCCAUAUGAGGAAAAACAUUUUUAAUUGCCUUAAAUUUCACUCCCGGAGCAUUAAAAAAUUAUUUCUUAAGUUGAUGAUGACCCUUUGGCUACGGAUGGAGGUAAACUUGAAUCAGAAGAUGGCCGAGAAGAAGUUUUUGUAAAGCCGUUGAUAACUUAUUAUUGUCAUUGUGGUCAAAUGUCUUUAAUUUCUGAUACUCCAAUUGCAAGGAUGCCUUUAAGAAAGCGUGAUGGGGCGCGCGUCAUUGAUCCAAAAUGGACAAUUGCAAAAAUGUUUUAUGACAAUGGAGAUACUGUUUAUAUUCGCCGUCCAGAAGGUUUGGAGCAACAAUAUAGAAGAAAUUGUCGUAAAUGUGCAGUUCCAAUAUUUUAUCAACACCCUUUUAAUCUUCAAAUAACCUUCAUUUUUGAAUCGGCGCUGUUAUCUGCUAAUGAAAUUGGGGGAAUUACUGGAAAUAAUGAAGAGGAGAAAGUACAAAAAGUUAUGCUUAAAAAACAUGUUAGAAAUCAAGGCAAAGUCGGUUCUGUAACCGUAAGUACAGUUAAUGAUGAAGAAGAGGAAGUAGAGGCUAAAGAAGUUCUCGAAAGUUAUUCUCUUAAUGCUAGAAUUGUUGAAGAGGCAAUGACCAGAAAAGGAAUGAUUCGAAAACGAAUGCUUGGAGAAGAAAAAAAUGAAUCGGAACAGGUUAGAACAAAAAAGAAGCAUGGAACGCUGUAAAAGUUACAAAAAUUUGCUAAAUUGCACAACCUUUUAUUCGGAAAAAAUAUUUUUAAAAAAUUUGGAGGAUUUACUAUACAUUCUGU